CCCCAAACACGGGUGAGCUGCACCCCGAGGGGGGAAUGGCCCCAGUGGCUCCUGUUGGGGGGCUGAGAGGGACAGGAUGGGGCGCAGCCGCCUAUGUGGGCACAGCACCCCGCAGCUACAGCCCCCCUGACCACUCCCCUCAGGGGGGCACGGGGUGGGCACAGGCAUGAUGCCCAUACCCCUGUGGGGUGGAGGCUGUGACCCACCAGGAUCAGUACCACUACUGUAUUGGGAUGGUGCCCAGGAACCCCCCAGGAUAGUGCCCAUGACCCCUCAGGGUGGUCUCACCAUUCUCCUGAUAUGUGUCCCACCACCCUGCCAGGAUGCCCCCAUGCCCCCAGGAUGCUGGCUCUGCCCCCAGGAUGCUGGCUCUGCCCCCAGGAUGCCCCCAUGCCCCCAGGAUGCCCCCAGGAUGCUGGCUCUGCCCCCAGGAUGCUGGCUCUGCCCCCAGGAUGCUGGGCAUGCCCCCAGCAUGCUGGCUAUUGCCCCGGGAUGCUCCCAUGCCCCCAGCAUACUGGCUAUUGCCCCAGGAUGCCCCCAUGCCCCCAGGAUGCCCCCGCACCCCCCCAGCACGUUCCCCCACCCCCUCCCAUCGCUGCCUGUUGGGGUGGGCGCCCCGUGCCCACCUCCCCCUCUUGUCCCCGCAGAGGUGCUGCUGAAGGUGCAGGUGUAUGAGAGCGGGUCCCUGGCACCGCUGGCACACGCAGCCCUGGAGGUGUUCGGCAACCGCAGCUCGCUGGCCGCGGGCACCACGGACGCCGAGGGCACGGGGCUGCUGCCCGUCCCGUACCGCCUGGGCACCCGCGUGCUCGUCACCGCCGCCCGCCGCGGCCACCUCCCCGCCUCCGUGCCCUGGCACGUCAGCAAGCUGCCCCUGUACGCCUCCAUCAGCCUCUACCUGCUCCCCGAGCGUCCCGCCACCCUCAUCCUCUACGAGGACCUGGUGCAGAUCCUCCUGGGCUCGCCAGGUGCCCGCGGGCAGCCGUGGGCGCAGUUCCCGCGGAGGGCAGCGCGUCUGCCCCGCAGCUCUACCUACAGCCAGCUCGCCGCGUCCCUCACCGCGGCCACCGGCCCCGGCCCAGCCCGAGCCUUCCCCGCCUUCCUCGGCGCCGAGCAGGACGGCAGCGCCGAUGCCAGCUGGCUGGAGCUGCUGCCCGUGGCCGCGCUCAGCGUGCACCUCUUCACGGGCAACGGCACGGACGUGCCCCUGGCCGGCCCGGUGCAGCUCUCCAUCCCCCUGGCACCCGACGCCGGCUCCCUGGUAGGCAGCAGCGUGCCAGCCUGGAGGUUUGACCCCAAAAGCGGGCUGUGGGUGCGCAACGGGACGGGGCUCAUCCGGAAGGAGGGGCGGCAGCUCUACUGGACCUUCGUCUCGUCCCAGUUGGGAUACUGGGCGGCGGCUCUGCCCUCGUCUGGCACAGGGCUGGUGACCAUGGCGGCGGGAGUGACGGACAUCACCACCUACCACACCAUCUUCCUCCUCACCAUCCUGGGAGCGCUGGCCCUGCUCGUCCUCAUCCUCCUCUGCCUCCUCAUCUACUACUGCAGGCGCCGGUGCCUGAAGCCGCGGGCUCAGCACCGCAAGCUGCCGCUGCCGGGGCCGCUGGACGCUGCCCGACGGGACCAGUCCACGUCCGUGUCGCAGCUGGAUCUGCUGUGCGGGGGCAGCCACCUGGAGACGGCGUCGUCGGGGGGGGACACGGACGUGCCCACCCCUACCUUACCCCCCGCGCCAGCCCCAGCCCCAGCCCCAGCCGCCCCCCGGGAGCUGCCCCCGGCCCGGCCGGACUUUUUCCAAGCGCCGGCCCCCCCGCAGCUGCGCCCCGGCCCCCGGCCCGCCGCCGCCACGCUGGCGCCCCCCCGCCGCCGCCAGCCCCCCGCCCCGGACGACUACGGGCGGCCCGGGGAAGCCUUCGGCCUCAGGGCCGCGCGCUCGGUGGACGGGCUGCAGCCCCCCGACGAGCACCCCCGGGCCGCCCCCGCCUUCCCCCCCCGGCCCCCGUCGCCCCCCGGCUUUGCCCGUUACGGGGGGCAAGCGGCCGAGCCCCCGCCGCCCGAGCCGCCGCCGCGGCCGCCCUCGCUGGCCCCCCCGGGCCCCCUGCUGCUGUGCGGGCCCCUGGAGCGGGCGGGGGGCCCCGACGACGUGUACCGGGGGGUGAUGCCCACCCUGCUCAUCCCCGCCCGGUACAUGCGCCUGGCCCCCGGCGAGCCCGACGGACCCCCCGACGGCGACGGGGCUGCCGGGGCGGCGGCGGCGGCGGCGGCUCCCCCCGCUCCGGCCGCCGGCCCCGCGUUCGAGGAAGGGGAGAGCUGGGGGGCGGCCCGCGGGCCGCAGCCCGUGAGCGGCUCGGUGGCCAUCCCGGUGCUGCUGGACGGGUCGGCGGUGGCGCAGCUGAACGGCGAGCUGCAGGCGCUGGCGGGGCAGCCGCUCCUGGAGCUGGCGGGGCCGCCCCCGCCCCGAGCCUGGUUCGUGUCCCUGGACGGCCGCUCCUCGCAGGUCCGACACUCCUACAUCGACCUGCAGGGCGGGGAGAGGGGUCCCCCGGGCCCCGCCGCCCCGCCCCGGCCCCCCCGAGCGCUGGGGGCCGGGGCAGAGGACGGGGGGUCGCGGCCGCCCCCCGGCGCGGCUUCCCCCGAGGACAGCUCGCUGGCUCCUCUGCUGGAAGCGGCGGCCGGGGGGCGGCGGGGGGGCGGCAGCGGCCGCAGCAGCGCCAGCGAAGCCCCCCGCGACUCGCUGACCAGCCCCGAGGAGGAGGCGAUGGCCGAGGGCGGCGACGGGGGCGACGACGGGGGCGACCGCAAAAGCCCGUGGCAGCGACGGGAGGAGCGGCCGCUGAUGGUCUUCAACGUCAGGGCAGGGGGGGCUGGCAGUGCCCCCCGGGCCAGCGGUGCCUCCAAGCUGCCAUAGGAGCUGGGGAGGGGGCUGAGGAUGAUGAAGGGGGGGGGUAUCCAUGUGCCUCCUCCUCCCUCUCUAAACAUUU